ACCCGCUGACACUUUGUUCCAUCGGAGGGGAUAUUUAACUUGGGAUUGAGCUCUGCUCGCAACAGACACACACGAUCACACAGUGUGCCUAAGCAAAAAGGGACUCUCCGGAGCCAAAGUGUCUCAAACAGGGGUUCCUGUAACAGGGAAUACUGUACUAGCUACCAAGGGGACAGAAGCUCUCCCGGGGGACUGCGACAAAAAAACUUACCGGCCAGAGACUCCUCAAUUCGGAUUGCCGUCUCGCCAUGCACUGAUGGCAUAACUAGUAGUUUAUUGGAAGAAUUUGAAGUUAUUGAAAAAGAGAAGGGUCAAAAAAGAGCUGUAUCUGAGAAAAGUAAAGUUAGGUGACAGCUUGUGUCUGAAAUGGACUGUGUAGAAAUCAGUUUGUAUUGAGAAAUAUUUCAAGGCAGCGCGAGACCUGUUGACUUGAAGACGUUUCAUCGCUUUGAAAGACAAGUUUAUUAUUUGUCUCUUCGCGGAAUAUAUGUUUUCUUUGGGAAAAAAAGAAGUGAUUUUUCCCCCCUUUCAUUUGGACCGAAUUUUACUGUGUAGUUCAAACAUGGAAUGGUUAUCCUAAAUUGUACUGACGAUUCCAAGGGAACCAAUGUAAGUACCAAGAAAGACUAUUCCGUAACGCAAUUUCUGAAGGAAGCUGAACUUUGGGAUAUCGGUACUUCAAAAACGUCCAGACUAGAAGCUGCUAAACGUUAAUUUUCAGCAAAUGGAUUUUGCUUUCAUUUUUGGAAUCUGUCAGUCCUGAACUCUGCAUCACCACGGUAAAGAUAAGCUUGACUAAGUCGUAUUUAAAACUCGAAGCUGCGUUAUUUUACUGAUCUCGUUUUUAGAAGAUUUUGGAUCUAUUUUUUUUCCUUCUUUCUUUCCGGGAAACACGGAUCUAUAGAUCGCUUCAUUCCAGGCGACACUCGCGCCAGCCUCUGUCAUCCAGUCUAGACAAUUUGUCGUGGCUUAGAGUCUCUAAGUAACCAUGACGACCAUCAGAAACCCAAUGUGAAUUUUGCAGAAAAAUACUAAAGAAAGAGGCAAGAACGGGUUCGGCGAAGAAGGAGGGUUUUUCGAUGUUAAUAUCUCUGCAGGGAGGAAAUUCCCUCUAUGAAAGACUUGCAAUACUGAGCAACAGAAAAGUAAGAAGAAUAUUGCAAGUCUAGAGAUCCCUAAACAGAAACCCCUUUGCUACAUGACAUUCAAACCCGGCAUGGUCUAUUAAAAGUAUCGUCUUGCCGGUGCUUUAACAUCGACUAUUUAUGAAACCCAUAGGCUUCACAUUUCAAAGUGAACAGUAUCUGUGAAAAUAACCGUGUAAAUAAGUACAAUCAGAAGAGAAAUAUGGGCUUUUCCCAGGCGCUCCUCGUCUACGUCUUCGUGUCCAUCCAUCUUGGUGUAUCUCAGCAUUUUUUCCGCCUGCGUCCUUCGCCCAGCGAGCACCUCCCGGUGCCCGAUCUCAAGGAAGACCCGGACCCAGAGUAUGAUCCCCGGGAGCAGGACCUCGCCGAGAGAACUUUGCGAAAAAAGCUCGGCAGCAACUUCGACCCCAACUACAUGUCGAUCACCCAUCCCUGGCUGGUGAAUCUGUCCACCCCUGAGCCGCCGAAGAGGCUGCCAGGACCGAUGCCCAUCGAAAUCAAAAAGCUGGAUCUCUCCGAGACUCCAUACGGAAGGCGGGUAAAAGUUGGCAAGAAGGCGCGCAGGAAAUUUCUCCAGUGGCUGUGGACAUACACGUACUGUCCGGUAGUGUACACCUGGAAGGACCUGGGAGUGAGGUUCUGGCCACGCUACAUCAAGGAGGGCAACUGCUUCAAUGAGCGCUCUUGUUCCUUCCCAGAAGGGAUGUUUUGUAAGCCCGUCAAGUCAAUCACCAAGACUUUCCUCAGGUGGUAUUGCCAAGGAUUUUUAAAACAGAAAUAUUGUACGUGGAUACCGGUGCAAUACCCAGUCAUUUCGGAAUGCAAGUGCUCUUGUUGAGUUUUCUAUGGAAAGGGGGAGGGGAAACAGACUGGAAAUACGGUUUCUAUUGCACUGUUAACUUUCAAAAAAAAAAAAAAAAAAAAAAAAAACCAAGAGAUGGGCUAUC